UCAAACAAAAUGGAGGGAAGCGGUGGUAAAUCGAAACGGUCUAAAGUGUGGUUAUAUUACGGUAAGAGAACUGACGGAUAUGCGACAUGUGUGAAGUGUGAGCGAGAAAUUUCGUGCAAGGGGGGAAGUACUUCAAAUAUGGCCAAACAUUUACUCACCCACGGGUUAAAUGUGAGGGACUGUGGCAUAUUUAAAAAUAGCGCCAAAACGGAGCCGACGGACCCGACGGUCAGCAACAAGAGCCCGGACUACGUCGACGGCACAGGGAAAUGAUCAAUGCAUUAAAUCCCCUCUACAAGCCCCCCACGAGGCAUAUGCUCUCCAACCACUUUGUACCUGCAUGGUACAAUGUAGAGAAGCAAAAUGUCAAAUCAGCAUUAGAAAAAGCUAGCAAAGUAGCAAUUACUAGUGAUGGCUGGACCAGCAUUUGCCAGGACCAUUACCUAACAGUAACAGCACACUACAUUACUGAGGGUAGAAUGCAACAGAAUGUCCUUGUUACAAAGGCAGUCUACAGAGCACAAACAGGAGAUGUGGUGGCAGAGGAAAUUGGGGAUGUUUUAGAUGAGUAUGGGAUAAGAGAAAAAGUUAGUGCUAUCACAGUGGACAAUGCAGCCAACAUGGAUGUAGCCGUUAAAAAGCUACACAUCAUUAAGAUAGGCUGCUUUGCUCACACAUUGAAUCUUGCAGCUCAAACUAUUUACACACUCAACUCAGUUGCAAAAUGGGCAGCAAAGAUUCGAGAAGUAGUUGUGUGGAUGAAGAGGUCAUCAAUGGCCAAGGUUGUGCUCCGUGAAAAGCAAGACCUUCUUAAAAUAGACAAGAACUCCCUCCUCCUCGAUGUCAAAACUCGCUGGAACUCCCUUUUCCUCAUGAUUGAGAGAUUCCUGCAGCAGCACUCUGCUCUUCAAGCAGCCUCCUUAGAUCCACGGCUUAGAAAGCCAAUGGAGCGUGACAGACUCUCCAAACUGACCAAUGAGGACUACAGAAAAGCAGAGGAAUUUAUUGAACUCAUGGAGAUCCUGUACACAUCAACCCUUUGUGCCUCAAAUGAAAAGAGCUCCACCUGCGGCCAAGUCCUACCAAUCUUACAAAAGCUGAAGAACCAUUUCACAGUCCGAGAUGGAGAUUCACUGUUUGUCUCCUGUCUAAAGAAGACAAUCUGGACUGAUCUAUCAAAGCGAUAUCAGACAGACCAGGUGAGAAACUUCCUUGGAGAAGCAACUGCCAUGGACCCUCGCUUUAAGCAUACGCUAGAGGAAGAGGAUGCUGAGGAAGAUAAGACAGUGUGGAGCCGGAUCAAAGAGAAAAUCCUUGCUGCACAUGAUCCUGCAGAAACAGAACAGCUGACAGAGCCUGGUGUCUUCGGCAAGGAGGGACGCAAGCAGACUGACGAGCCAAGAGGGGAGGAGAGCGAGGAAUCGGAGGAUGAGACUGUUUCACUUCAAACUAGGAAGAAGAUGAAGCUAACGCCCCUGGAAAAGCUUUUCGCUGAGGAUGAUAUCCUGAAAUUGAACACUAUCAAACGUGUUGCUGCUGCUGCUCCAGCAAUCAAGAUCAGGGCAGAAAAAGAACUGGAAAUGUAUAAGGCCCUUCCUCCAGCUUUGACCUCCGAAGACCCUUCUGCCUGGUGGUGGAGGAAGAGGGAUGUGUAUCCUUUGUUGUCAGACUUAGCUCUGUCAUACCUAUGUGUUCAGGCCUCUUCUACUCCCAGCGAAAGGGUUUUCUCAACUGCUGGAGAUACAAUCAGCACUGAGAGAUCCCGUAUCCUUCCAGAAAAGGCUGACAUGUUGAUUUUCCUUUUCAAAAACUGCUGACUUCAUAUAUCACUAUGACCAAACCUCUCUUUUUUAUUUAGUUUUUUUAUGUUUUUGUUAUUUGUUUCUGUUAUUUACUGCAGGAAUUGUUGAAGUUAAAAAAAGGAAGUCCUCCUGAUAUUAUUGUUUUGAACACAGUUUGAAUGAUGAGAGAGUGAUAUGUAUGUGUGCAGCAGAUGUCAAGGAAAGUAAGUGUAAGUGUUAGUGUUAAAAUGUCAACUUAAAGUGUUAACAUCUAUAGUACUGAUGUGGAUGAAAUAAAAACAUUUCUGUUCUUGAUAUAUUAUAUUUAUUUACUUUCUAAUUAAUAUUGGUAUCGGAAUCGGUACUCUCUUUUUUAUGUAGUUUUUUUAUGUUUUUGUUAUUUGUUUCUGUUAUUUACUGCAGGAAUUGUUGAAGUUAAAAAAAGGAAGUCCUCCUGAUAUUAUUGUUCUGAACACAGUUUGAAUGAUGAGAGAGUGAUAUGUAUGUGUGCAGCAGAUGUCAAGGAAAGUAAGUGUUAGUGUUAAAAUGUCAACUUAAAGUGUUAACAUCUAUAGUACUGAUGUGGAUGAAAUAAAAACAUUUCUGUUCUUGAUAUAUUAUAUUUAUUUACUUUCUAAUUAAUAUUGGUAUCGGAAUCGGUACUCUCUUUUUUAUGUAGUUUUUUUUAUGUUUUUGUUAUUUGUUUCUGUUAUUUACUGCAGGAAUUGUUGAAGUUAAAAAAAGGAAGUCCUCCUGAUAUUAUUGUUCUGAACACAGUUUGAAUGAUGAGAGAGUGAUAUGUAUGUGUGCAGCAGAUGUCAAGGAAAGUAAGUGUUAGUGUUAAAAUGUCAACUUAAAGUGUUAACAUCUAUAGUACUGAUGUGGAUGAAAUAAAAACAUUUCUGUUCUUGAUAUAUUAUAUUUAUUUACUUUCUAAUUAAUA